AACAACACCCCAAUCCCACCCACACACCACAUACCAUAAACCAACAUGCCUAAGCGCAGCAAGCUCCUUCAGGCUCUGGACGAGCACCGCGGUCGCGACUACGAGGCCGAGAAGCAGAAGAAGCUUGUUAAGGCGGCGAAGAAGAAGAACACUUCUACCAAGGGUGACGAUGUGAAGGAAUCGGUUGUUGAAGAGAAGAAGAAGAAGGAGGAGGAAGAGGAGGAGGAGUCCGAAGAGGAAGAAAUCCCCGACGCCGAAGAACCCUCCGAAGAUGAGGAAGAAGAAGAAGAGGAAGACGAAGAAGAAGAAGAAUCCGACAUCCCCCUCAGCGACCUUGAGGACGACGAGCGCGAAGACGUCGUCACGCACCAGCGCCUCACAAUCAACAACAGUGCCGCCAUCACCAGCAGUCUGAAACGCAUUUCCUUCCUCACUCCCGCGACGCCCUUCUCCGAGCACAACAGUCUCGUAUCUCAGGAACCCAUUGAAGUGCCCGACGCCAACGACGACCUGAACCGCGAACUGGCGUUCUACAAGGUAUGCCAAGCGGCGGCGAUGACGGCGCGGAGCACGCUCAAGAAAGAAGGCGUGCCGUUCACGCGACCGGGCGAUUACUUUGCCGAGAUGGUGAAGACGGAUGAGCACAUGGGCAAGAUUAAGAAGAAGUUGUAUGAUGAGGCGGCGGCGAAGAAGGCUGCGGCUGAGGCUAGGAAGCAGCGCGAUUUGAAGAAGUUUGGUAAACAGGUGCAGGUUGCGAAGUUGCAGCAGAGGGCGAAGGAGAAGAGGGAGACGUUGGAGAAGAUUAAUGCGUUGAAGAAGAAGCGCAAGGCUGAGACUGGCGGUCCUACGGAUGAUUCGUCGAACAUGUUCGAUGUCGCUAUUGAUGAUGCGGCUCAGGCUGGUGGUGGUCGCAAGCGUGGUCGUGAUGCUGAGGGUGGUCCGUCGAUGAAGCGUCAGAAGAAGAAUGAGAAGUUCGGAUUCGGUGGUAAGAAGCGCUUCGCGAAGAGUGGUGAUGCUGUUUCGAGUGGUGAUAUGCGUGACUUCUCGGUUAAGAAGAUGAAGGGUGGUCCUAAGGGCGGUGGUGCGAAGAGGCCUGGCAAGAGCAGGAGGGCUGCUGCUAAGGGCCGUUCUUGAUUCCAUUCGCUGUACAUUUCUUUAUGGUUUGUUUUAUUGUUAGCUUGUCGGAUACCGGUCGGGUUAUAAAAGCAGUGUUUCCAUAGACAGUUUGAUUUGUAUAUUGAUAAUCAUGGAAUGGUGACUGUCUAUCUAGCUGAACCUGAGUAGGGGACUUCAUUAUGCUGGUAUCUCUGGUAUCACAUCAUGUCUCAAGAAGCAGAAUCCCACCCGCCAUGUA